UAGAAAAUGAAAUCAUACUUCUUACUUCUGCUACUUCUUGGUCUUUCUCUCGCAGAAAAUCCAUUCUCUGGAGAAGAUUACGAAGCAGGUCUUAUUGAAAUCGCUGAAGGGGAUGAACUAUUCUACUGGCUAGUUAGAUCAAGAAAUGACAAAAAUAAAGAUCCCCUUGUCAUCUGGCUCAAUGGAGGUCCAGGAUCUUCUUCAGAACUUGGCUUGUUUUAUGAAAAUGGGCCAUGGAAAAUUAAUGAUGAUCUUACUUUGAGAACGAACGAAUAUUCUUGGAACGAAGUAGCUAAUGUUCUAUACCUUGACCAACCGAUUGAUGUAGGGUUUAGUAAAACAGAGCAUUACAAUCAUAUUCCUACUGAUGAAGAUGCAAUUGCUGAUGAUUUUUAUGUCUUUAUAACUCUCUUUCUCGAAAGAUUCCCUGAGUACAAAGGAAGACCAUUUUAUAUAACAGGAGAGAGCUAUGCCGGACACUAUAUCCCAGCAAUGACUGCGAGAAUUAUUGAAAAGAACAACUCUGACAUUAACAUUGUAGCUUCUGCUAUCGGGAAUGGAUGGGUGUAUCCAAGACUCCAAUACCCUGAAUACAGAACUUUUGCUGAUGAAAAUGAGCUUAUAAGUACCCUCCAUAGCUACCUUCUCAAAGCUGGAUUCUGGUUUUGUGAUGUUCUGAUAGGCACCAAGCUGAAAAUGGCAGCUUAUUCACAUUGUGAAUUCGUAGCUGAAAGCGUGGUCGGAUAUCCACCAGCCUUUAACAAUUAUGACAUUAGAGACAAAUGAGAGCAUGGAUGUUAUGACUUUAGCAAUCUAAAUAAACUCUUAAACCUGAAGGAAGUCAGACAAGCCAUCAAUAUGGAUGAUCGGAAGUAUAGGAGCUCAAGCAGCAGAGUUUUCUUUAAGAUGAGAAAAGAUCAGCUUGACAAUUUGUCUCCAAAGGUUAGAUACUCAUUGGAUAAUGGAGUCGGAAUGUUCAUUUACUCUGGAGAUCAAGAUUAUAUUUGUAACUGGAGAGGAGGAGAAGCCUGGACAAAUGAAAUCUUUUGGGAUGGUCAACAGAGAUUCAGAGCAGCCCAAUACCAGACUUGGUCAGUCGACGAUACUCCAGCUGGAGAAUUCAAACAGGAAGGCCAGUUCACUUUCUUGAAGUUCUAUCAAGCUGGGCAUUUGGUUCCAAUGGAUCAACCUAAGAACGCUUUGGAGAUGUUUAAAAAGUUCCUUGCUAGAGAAUUUUAG